GUUAGAGCAGCUCCAAGAGCGGGGCCUACCCUGCGUCACUGGGCAGGGGAUGUUCUCCCUCCAGGGGAUGUCUCCUCCUGCCCUGUUCCCACCUCUCCUCGUGCUGCCAUGGCCACUGGUGGAUCACUGAGGCUCAGGGAACGUUUUUGGCCACAUCAUGUGGAGCUUAGAGGAUCUUAAGGCGGCCGUGAGAGUGAAGGCGGGCGUGAAGGCCGCUGAGGCGCCAUGGCUCCUGCGGCCCACAGAGCUGCUUUGCCUUAAGGAGCAGCAUUUCCCUGUGCCAGUGGGCAUGGAAGUGUCUCUGGCAGGAGCAGCAGCACCUCAGUGUCACCCUGGGUGCCUGAGAAAAGAGCUCUGGAAUGCUGUGAAGACUCCCUGCCCAGGCACACUCCUCUCCAGAUUCUCUCCAUCCCAAGGAAGCUCAUAUCCAAGAGAGUUCCCGGUCUUCCACCAUGAAUCCUGUUUACAGCCCCGUCCAACCUGGGGCUCCCUAUGGAAACCCGAAGAACAUGGCCUAUACAGGUUACCCAACAGGCUACCCCACUGCUGCCCCAGCCUACAAUCCCAACAUGUAUCCAACCAGCAGCCCUGGCUAUGCCCCAGCCACCCUUCUGAUGAAGCAGGCCUGGCCCCAGACCUCCUCGUCCUGUGCCACCGAGGGCACCUUCCACCUCCCCGUGGACACUGGCACUGAGAACAGAACCUACCAGGCUUCUUCUGCAGCAUUCAGGUACACUGCGGGGACUCCCUACAAGGUGCCACCGACCCAGAGCAACAACGCCCCUCCUCCCUACUCGCCGUCUCCGAACCCCUACCAGACUGCCAUGUACCCCAUCAGAAGUGCCUACCCCCAGCAGAACCUGUACACACAGGGAGCUUACUACACCCAGCCUGUGUACGCAGCCCAGCCCCACGUCAUCCACCACACCACGGUGGUGCAGCCCAACAGCAUCCCCUCGGCCAUCUACCCCGCGCCCGUGGCCGCGCCCCGCACCAACGGCGUGGCCAUGGGCAUGGUGGCUGGCACCACCAUGGCCAUGUCAGCAGGAACCUUGUUGACCACCCCCCAGCACACUGCCAUCGGAGCACAUCCAGUGUCCGUGCCAACGUACCGGGCUCAAGGGACGCCCACCUACAGCUACGUACCUCCUCACUGAUCCGGAGUCAAACAUUGUAUGCAACUACACAAGUCUUACAUCGGUGCUGCGGCCGCUGGGCUGCAGCGCCUCGUCUGUUUGCAAGAACAAAAGAAAAAAAAAAAAAAAGUGCAAAGGUCACUUUAUGCAUUCUUUAGUGGUUUUUGUAAAAGCUGCUUUUUCUAAUCUUCUGCCUCUUUUUUUCCCCCCUUCCUCCCCCCCACAUGAAUUGUGUAACACACAUACUGACACUGAGCAAUAGUCAAGUUCUUUCUUCAGUCCUAUCAUUUGAAAGCUCAGACUCUUCACUUUUCCAGCAUUGCCCAGCUGAGUGGUGCAAAGAUCCCCCCACUUCUUGUUUGUUUGGGUUCUUUUUGUUAUUUUUCUGUUGUCGUUGUUGUUGACAAGAGCCUAGAUUUUUUUUGGCUAGUAAGAGUGGUUGAUGUUCAGGGUACUAUGUGAAAAGCACAGCGCUGGUAGGCAGGCUUAUUCCCAUUUGGUUUGGGUAUUUUUAGUUGAAGAAUAUAAAUUAUUCAAUCUUCCAUAACAUAUUACAAGAAAAUUGGUGUCUUCCAGAUAGCUGUCGUGAUAGAUUAUAAAUGCAUUAUCUGCAGUGGAAUUCUGAACUCAUCCCUUCUUUUUGUAGGAGUAAGAGAAUAUAAAUAUAAUUAGUGACGUAACACGCUUGUCUUAGGAAGCACGAGGACUGGUCACCAGCGGGUCUUUGGUCUGCUUUCUCCAACUGGGCAAAUGGAUCAUGGGUGGUGGGGAGGGAGCAGCAGGAAGAUGAGUGCCCUGGCAGCAUGUGGAACCUCUUGGGAAAACGGGAUGCUGCCCCUCAGCCAUGUCCUGGGGCAGUGCCAGGGAGAAGGCAGCUCCUUCCUUGCAUGGCUGCUGCUUGCAGGCAGACACAUGCUGGGCAUGAGGGAAGCAAGGAGAUGGCCAAAGGUUGGGCUGAAGAGCUUCUCCAGGUCUGAGGCUUGAUCUGGAGAGCUUCUCUCAGUUUAGGGUUUGGUCUGAGGAGCUCUCCAGGUUCAGAGUUUGGUCUGAGGAGCUCCUCCAGGUUCAGGAUUUGGUCUGAAGAGCUUCUCCAGAGUAGAAGGUGGUGUGGGAAAAGAGGGUGUGUGGUUGAUGGAGAGGAGUCUCCAAGGCAGGGUGAGGGGAAGAUGGGUAGCUUCACCUUGCACCCACGGUGUUGGCAGGGCUAAGACCAAACUGCACUGCCAUCAUGGCAGCUGAGGUGUCCCCUUCCCAUUCCCUGGCUCCAAGACUUCCAGGAGAAAUGUUCAUCCAAGCACAAAUACCAGCACCACAGAGGAAGGCCAGGGAGGGGAUGAAGUCUGGCUGCUCUGCUUGGAGAAGUGGGAGGGGAGGCAGCAAUAGCAAUAAACACGUCGCCUUCUUCAUGGGAAGGCACCUGGGAAGAGGUGACAGCAGGGAAGGUGAUCCACAGGUGACAAGGACCAGGAUGGAGGACACCAGGCACACAGAGGCUGUGGGCAUCAGGGUCAUUUUGGGGGGUCUGGCUCAUCCAGGGACAUGGGGACAGGAAGCUGGUGACAUCCCCCCUCGGGGUGUCCAAGUAGAGCAAUAAAAUGUCUUGAGAGCAGCAGAGGCAGUUUGGAUCUGCAGACAAUGCUUGUGGCCAGUUUGUUUUAAAUCCUUGUCACUAAACCAAGCAUAGAAACAAGAUUUUUGGGAUUUUAUUGUUUUUUUAAGACAAAAGCUUGGCUGGGUUUUGAUUUUUGCCUCAAGUGUGCCAAAAGUGUUCCAUGCUCUGGGUGGAGUCUCCCAGCUCAGCUCCUGCUGCCCCUGGGAGGAGCUCCUGGAGCUCCCUCCCUUGAGCAUGGGCCAGGUGGGCAGUAACAAGCCCAGGGAUCCCAGGAGGACUUGCCCUCCCACUGGCUGGUCCCAGGUGGUUUGUCAGGUUGGGUGUUGGCACUUCUGUUUGGGGGUCAUUUGUGGUUUUGAAGGAAACCUGGAGCAAAGCUCUGGUUGAGCUCCUCAGCCUCAAGGGGAACAAAAGUGGGGGAAGAUUGGACAUCAGUGUUGUGGGGUGGGGAAGGGGCAGCCUUGGGCUGCACUUCGGGUUUGUGUAGAGGGAAGGGAGAAGGAAAAAAGAUAAAAGGAGCCAAUAAUCAGUGGGUUCCCAUUUGGCUUGGCAAAGCCAAGGAUUAGUAAAGAGCAACAGGACCUUGGGAAAUAACACCACCACAUUGUCCUUCCACUGUGUGUAGCACACUGCAGUUAAACCUGGGCCAAAAAAUGCCCAGUAGAUCCUAACAAUUGAAGAUUUGUGAGAUCCCUUUUUCCCCCUGACUUUGUGUUCCAUACCAGGAGCUGUCUGUCAGGUCUCUCAAUGUAAUGGCACUCUGGUUUGUGGGGUCCAGCCUGGGCUCUGCAAACCACCUUUCCCAGCAGACACCAUCCCACCACUGUCCAGACACCCUGCACCACUUUAGGAACCACUGCUGAACUUUUGGCCUAUGUGUGGAAAGGAAAUGUAGGGCUUUCUCCUGGAAGGAAAAAAAGACAUUAAAGGUGGGGUGAAAGCCCCAGGAGCUGAGCAUGGUGCAUCACCCAGUGUUCCCACUGACACAGGGCAGCUGAGUUUUAAUUCCUUUCUUGGAUCAAUAGCAGAUCCAGUGCUCAUCCUCCCAUUAUUCCCAGGCAGAAUACUCAUUAACCAAGGUGGGGAGAGGUGAAAUAUUUGCCACCUGUUGGGCCAGAAGCUUUAGGGAGGACAUUUGGUAACCAGCCUUGAGCCACUGUGUGGAGCCAGGGCCACCACAUGGUGCCAGGCUUGGGCAGCUCCUUCCCCUGGUGGCUUUAUGGGGUUGUGGUAGGGGGGAGAUGCUCCCGGCCCUUUCCUUGAUCCCAAGUCCUUAGUGAGGGUCCUGGGAAGGUCACAGUGGAGGACAUUGGUAGGGCCCACCAGCUUCUCCAAUAUUUCAUUCUAGCAAAGCUUUGCUGAUGUUGGUUAAGGAAAAGGGUUUUCCAUAGGGAAGGAUCACACUGGGUAUUAGUGGGGAAGAGCAGGAGGGGUUAAACCAUCCUUAGCAGUCACUAAAGUGUCUAGAUUAAAAAUCCAGCUAAAAGGAAGGAAUAUGACUCUGAACCAUUAACCCAUCCCUGCCCUUACCUUUACUCCAAAACAUAAGCUGCAGUGAUGCAAGAUUUGGGGGGAAAAUAGGAUUUUAGUGGUGGUGUGACCCCCAAACCCCAGGAGCCCCUUGAAGCCUGAGGCCAUCAUGCCUCCAAGUGGCUGAACCCUCCAGGCAAGGAUCUGCUCCUGUAUUUUAUGAAUAAUAAAUCACUCAGUUCAGCAGUGUUGCAGUUUUGGGAUGUAAUGCCCAGGAAAUGUUAUUUAAGGGGUUAGUUUUAAUGAGGGAUGUCCUUCCCAGAGAGACCCCCCUGACUCCUUGCCAUCCCUCCUGCAUCCCCACAGGGAAUGUGGGAUGAUGUGGCUCCCAGCUGGAGGGCAUGAAAUAGGAUCCUGUUUUAUUAGGGGGUUGAAAACAACAUUUGAGGCUUUGCUUUUGGUAAAAUCCAACCAGCCAACAAUAGCAAUAACAGCUGCUGGAUGCCCAUAAAUCCAGGUAUUUUUGGUUUGGUUUUUUUUUUUGUUGGUUUGUUUUUGGUUUUUUUUUAGUUGCCAAUGUUUUCAGGCCCUCUAGCUCUCGUCCCCAAACUGUGGUGACCCUCUGCCCAUCUUCCCUUGGCUUUGCUCCUGAGCCAGGAUCAGCCUCCAAAUAUUUUCAGUGCUGUGUGUUAGUAUUCCCUUAGGGGAAAAAAAGGGAAAAUAAAGCCUGUGACAGAGCUUGGGAGGGAAGAAAUCUUGGAAAAGGCAUUUCUAUGGCAUGUUGCACCAUGGUCCUUGGAGAUUCUCUGGCAAUCAGGUAAAAUAACGUGUGGGACUGUUUGCAGGGCAGGAAUAGCAAAAUACGUGGUUUGACAUGAGCAAUUCUUGUUUGGAAAUGCUCAAUUGUGCUGCUUGUAGGGAAUAAUCUUGAUGCAACAUGGCCACCUGCAGCCUCCCUGCAUCCUCCUGCAAGAGAUGGAGCUGGGAGAUGGAAUUUUCCUGGGAGCAAAGGGGUUCAGGAUCAGGGGAGGGAUUUGUAGGGAAGGAUGGUGAGAUGCAGGAUUGCACCCAAACCCUCCAAUUCCCACAACAUGGCCUCAACCCACACCAGGCUCCCACCCCUCUUUCUAUGUAAUUAAUUUUAAAUUAAUUUCCACCACCAGACCAGCUCGUUUUUAAGUAUUAUUGGACCUCUUAAAUAAAAAUAAAUACAAAAAAAAAAAAAAUUCCCUGAAAGAAUAACAACAACAAAAAAAAUUUAAACCCAAGAGUAACCACGUCUUCCAAGUCUACAUCUCACAGGUGUGUAGGGAACAUGGCCUUGGACUGAUGCCCUGGAGAGCCCCACAGCCACAGUUUGUCCACCUGAAGUGUAAAUUUGGGGUUAUUUUCCCAUUUGUUUUCUGUUCUGGUUUUGGUUCUGAAGAUCAGGUCGUGAUCUCCCUGACAGAUUUCAGCCAAGAGUUUGUAACUGUACGAUAUUUACUGUAAGAUGUAGAACAUUCGAUAACUAUUAAAAUGUUUCCAAAAAAAAUUAAAUAAAUAAAUAAAAGAGCCCGA